AACCUUGAGCUCGCAGCGCGAGUCCCCUGUGCCAUCGGUGGAGUAGUUGCAGCCCGCGCGUCAUCGUUGUCCUUCUCCCGCUGCGCCCGGCAGAGGUGGUGGGGGCAGAGACUGCGGGAAGUCUGUGUGCGCCGAGCGCGCUGCACAGCCCUGACGCAGAAGCUCGGCUUCCCUUCUCAUCGGGCGUUGAAGCUUCAGCUGUUGACUGUUUUGCGGGCUUGGUCUGCCACACCUGAGUUCCUCCGGUCUCCUCUCGAAACCCUGAAGCUGCUACGGCUUGACAGCUUCAGUCUGAGAUAUAAUAGCAACCACUGUUGCGCACAGGUGUUGAUCCCAUCUCAGCACCGUUUUGUUGAUCAGGGGCGAUUGACAUGA